AUGCUUAGCGUGAUAUAUUUCUUGACUGUAUUAAGUAUCGUGCCAGGAGAGGUUGCCACGGAGUUUAGAAAGGGGUGGCAGCGAACUAUGUGUUAUAAGAGAGUUCUGUUACCAGUUCCGGCUGAUGAUAUUGGGGUAUAUUUAUUUAACAAAGAUCACUACAACUACAACAUAAAUAUUUCAAAUUUGGAAGGUAUUGAAGUGGAAGAUUGCUACCGCAUAAGAAUUGUCAUACACGGAUUUGAACAACAAUAUGAAGAUAUUUUGCCUCUUAUUGACGAAUAUAUUCGUGCUAUGCCCAAAUACACUAUAAUCGGACUGAAAUGGACUAAAUUUAUUAAGGAUUAUCAUUUGACUUUUACAUCUCUUAAAACCAUCGGGUUGAAAGUUGAGCAUAUCAUUUCUCGUUUAGAAACAGCGUUUAAAACGUCGGCUGAAUAUUUCCAUUUUUUGGGCUUUGGAUUGGGUGCUCAUAUUUUGGGUCAUGCAGGCAGAAGACAUUAUCCGGCAAAAUUUGGUGUUAUAGUUGGACUCGACCCGACUGCCAGCGGUUUCGACGAAGACCUGAAGGGCGACCGCGCGAUGAUGUUGGGCGCCGAUUGCGCGAUUGUCGUUCGAAUAAUUCACACGAACGCCGCUCAAUUUGGAGUCAGAAGACCCAUGGGUCACAUGGAUUUUUACAUAAACGGAGGAUUUCUACAGCCAGGUUGCCCUGAUAGCACUAUACAUCAGUGUAGCCAUCUUAGGGUUAUGGACUAUAUUAAAGAGUUGAUCAAAAAGAAGAAUUGUUAUGAUGCUUAUCAUUGUGCAAGUAUAUAUGAUCUGUAUUAUAAUCAUGAGUGUCAAGUAAUACCCAGAAAGCGUCUUGUUUAUGAUAUUUUUGAAGUAGCGAAAGAUGUUAAAUUUGAAGAUCGAGGCAUUUACUACGUACCAACUAGUAUGAGACCACCAUUCACCUAUUUACCUCCGAUGGUCAUCCAAGUUGCCAUUAAUACUAUUCAUGUAUCCCACACGAAUUUGAUUUAUGGUUCGGAUUAUGGUUUGCAUUUGCCUUGUUUAGCAGAAAACUCUUUGCAAUAUCCAAGAAUUUCAUCAUAUAAAAGCGGGAAAUCAAAAUAUCCCAAAGAAUAUGUCAAGUCUAUCAUGGUCCCUGGAAAAUAUUCGAUUGAUGCCAGUAAGGUUAAGAGAUUAAAGUAUAAUUAUGCUGGAUGUAGACCGUAAUUAAGGAUUGAAUAAUGUUUGCUGAUUUCAUACAAGCGUACAUUGAAAUUUAUAACUUUUUGUGCAAUGGCGAGUGGUGAUGGAAAAUUUGUUGUAAUAUUUCAAUGUACUACACACAGGACAGCAC